UUUUCAGUUAAAUUGUGGUUUUUGACCUGAAGUAAAACAUCAAUCUGGAAAAGGAAAUGGCAAUCCACAAUGCUUUCCGCGUUCGUUAGCUGAUCAAUUACUUCGAACUGUCUCGAGUUAACUAAAACUCCUCCAUGGCUCCCAGAUUCAUUUCCAGCCACUUCAACUUAAACCAAAAAACUACAGAAGUACUUUUACAGCUAAAAUGGCGAAAGGCCCUUAUUUGAUACACAUUCCUUUUAAAAAUGCUGUAGGGCAAGGAGGGCAAAGAUUAUCCACAUUUUAUGGGUGGUGAAACUGAAAUUAAAUCCCUUGUCCAAGAAAAUAAGGCUAUUUAAGAGCUGAACCCCAGGUAAGAACCUAGAGUUCUGAUUUCUAGUCCAGCUGCCUCCGCCCUUCAAAGUCGUCUUGGUUAAUCCCGGGACUUGAAAUUCCUGGGCCUUGCAGUCACGGAGCUGAAUCACGACUACAUUCCUGAGCGCUCGCUGAAUCCCGCAGACCAGGGGGCCCACUCCUAAACUGGGUAGGAACCAAGAAGGCGGUGCACCGUGACGCCCGAACCCUCAAAGCGAAAACAACUAAACUGUCCUCGGGCUGUUUACCGAGGCGGUCCUGGACCCCGGAGGCAGGUCAGCCGACGCCAAAGACUAUAAAGCGCGGCUGCCCACACACUGCCGGAUUCCUAGGGUAACUGGGUAGCGCCAAGGACGCCGGGUCUCCGCCACUGUCCGAAGCGCCCCGACCGCACCGCGCGCCGUGUGCCGCGUGAGGCGGAGCCCGGCCCCCGAGCGGCGCGCGCACCCCGCCGCCUCGCGUCGCGUGACUCGGCGGGGGCGCGCGGGGUUAGCGCCCGCCCGCGCCACUUCCGACGCAGCCGGAGGUUCAGGUUCCGGGGCGCCGCGGAGCUCCCGGCCUGUGGGUCGAGCGCGGCCCUCUGCGGCGGCCGGGAUGGAGGAGGCUGGAGCGGCUGUGGCCACAGCCGGGGAGGCCGAACUGAACUUGUCUCGCCUCAGCGUGUCUCUCGAGACGCUGGAGUCGGAGCUGGAGGCGCGGGGCGAGGAGCGGCGCGGCGCGCGGGAGGCGCUGCUGCGGCUGCUGCUACCGCACAACCGUCUGGUGUCGCUGCCGCGGGCGCUGGGCAGCGGCUUCCCGCACCUCCAGCUGUUGGACGUGAGCGGCAACGCGUUGACCGCGCUGGGGCCGGAGCUGCUGGCGCUGCGCGGCCUGCGCACGCUGCUGGCCAAGAACAACCGGCUCGGCGGGCCGGGUGCCCUCCCCAAGGGCCUGGCCCAGUCGCCGCUCUGCCGCAGCCUCCAGGUGCUUAACCUCAGCGGGAACUGCUUCCAGGAGGUGCCCACCUCGCUGCUGGAGCUGCGCGCGCUGCAGACCCUCAGCCUCGGCGGCAACCAGCUUCAGAGCAUCCCGGCCGAGAUCGAGAACUUGAGGAGUUUAGAGUGUUUAUAUCUUGGAGGAAACUUCAUCAAAGAAAUACCACCAGAAUUAGGAAAUCUGCCUUCUCUGAAUUACUUGGUAUUAUGUGACAACAAAAUCCAGAGUGUGCCUCCUCAGCUUUCACAGUUGCAUUCACUUCGUUCCCUUAGUCUUCACAAUAACUUGCUGACAUACCUGCCUCGAGAGAUCCUCAACCUUAUUCAUUUGGAAGAACUGAGUUUGCGAGGGAACCCACUGGUUGUUCGUUUCGUUAGAGAUUUAACCUAUGAUCCUCCAACUCUCCUGGAGUUAGCUGCACGGACCAUUAAAAUUCGAAAUAUUUCCUACACUCCGUAUGAUCUUCCUGGGAAUCUUCUUAGAUACUUGAGUUUAGCCAGCAAUUGUCCAAACCCAAAGUGUGGAGGAGUCUACUUUGAUUGCUGCGUCAGACAGAUUAAAUUUGUGGACUUCUGUGGGAAAUACCGCCUCCCUCUGAUGCACUACCUGUGUUCGCCAGAAUGCUCUUCCCCUUGCAGUUCUGCCUCUCAUAGCUCCACAUCCCAGAGCGAAUCAGACUCAGAAGAUGAAGCUAGUGUGGCUGCACACAGAAUGCAGAAAGUUCUUCUUGGUUGAAAAGGGUGCAGGGUGGUGUGAAACAGUAAAAGACUGAGCAGCGGUGGUUAGAAAAGAGACUAGACUUUGAGGUUCACUAGAAACUGUAUCUUAAAUGUCCAUGGCAUAGUUGGAGAUUUUGUGUUUCUCGCCAUUCAGCAGGAAGAAGCCCAAUUCCAUGUUUGGAUUCUUGGAAUAUAAUUCGCUCUGAAUGGCAGUUUCAAAUUUAGCUGAUUGUUUGCAGUUUUCAAGCUUUGCAUGAAUCACACAACAGAAUGGAACAUUCUGCAGAGCCGUACUGUGAUAAACCACCAAUGCUUUGGCUUGUGACAGUUGACAUGAAGAUAGAAAUUAUCACAGCUGUAAUUUUUAUCAGUGUUGUCCUUGAGUUUAGGUUGACCGCUAUACCAUAACAGGAUUAACCCUCUUUUCUUGAAUUGCCCCUAUGUCUAGAUUACAGUUUUUCAGAUAAGCUCACAGAUGGUUACAUAGGACCUAAACCUUUCUCAGCUACUGAUUGGCAAAGGAAGGGAUAUAACUCUUAUGUGGGGUUUUAAAACUCUUCAGUUCUGCUCCUUUGUUCUAUGUGAUUGUUGUUAUCCUUGUAUAAUCCAGCAGUGACUGUAAUAGUGCCUUAAUCAUAACAAGAAUUUAGAAAUUUAUUCAAGAAAUGAUACCAGAGCAGCCUAUAACCUGACAUACUAUGCAGAAUGGUUUAAAAUAUGCUUUAACAGAGCUAGGUAAACAAACGUAUAUCUGACAUCUGAGCUCAUAGCCACCUUAACUUCAUUUUUGUCUAAACAAAUCACUUUUAUACUUAAUGGGGAGCCAACCAGCUUGAACUUAAGAAAGAAUAAUAGGUUUUGAUGGAAAAAUCUAUCAGAUUUCUUUCAACAAAAAAGAGAUGUUAGGUAGGAAACUUCUUUAUAUCUUGCAUUAAAGGAACAGGAGAAAGAUUUUAAAGGUUUUAGGAGUCCACUGUAGCUCCUUUGCCUCUGUGUAAAAGGGCUUUCUUGGUGGCUCAGGUACUAAAGAACCUGCCUACAAUGCAGGAGAUCCUGGGUUUGAUCCCCGGAUUGGGAAGAUUCCCUGGAGAAGGGAAUGGCAACCCACUCCAGUAUUCUUGCCUAGAGAAUUCCAUGGACAGAGGAUCCUGGUGGGCUACAGUCCAUGGGGUCACAGAGUCGGAUAUGACUUUGUGUGUACUGAAUUGUAACUUCCUCCAAUUUUAAAGAAAAACUAGAGAAACGACAACAAUUGAAACAAAAUUGGGCACAGCAGUCAUUGUCUUUACACAGUAGAACAGUUUUUAAAACAAGUUUAACCAUGGUGUACUUUUUGAAAAUAAUGAUAAAAUAUUUUAAAUGUAUUAAUACAGCCUUAAAAUAUAGCAGAGAAAUGGUUUCACAUAUUGCCAGUAGAAAUGACCAAAUUUUUAUUAACCUAGUAUGCAGUAAAAACUAAUAGUACAACUAUAAGUUGACAUUGUAAUAUAAAAUACACAGCACACAUUAGCAAUCAUUAGAUAACUUACUUGUCAUAACAUAAUGGUUUGUUGGAGAAUAUUACCUGUAGAGUAAGACAUAGUCCUGAAACACAUUGGAACAUCAGAUGAUCUCCCUUCUGACUUCUGGCAUUCAUGACUGGGCACACCUUUUCUUAAAAGCAGGUUGUUGUAUAAUAAUGAUAUGUACAUAUGUUAGGUUUUUGUCAUAUAUAUAGUUUAUUUUAGAAGAGAAUAUACUGUAGGAUAGUUUGUUUGUUUAUUGUAUGUUAAUUCAUGAAACAUCAUGAGAGUUUCAUGACUGCAGUUGUGAAACGCUGCUAUGGAGUGAAUCCCUUCACUCUGUUGUAAUAAGAUUCUUUUUUCCUUUUGAUCCAGAAAUUUUCUAUGUUUAUAGAAGUUAUGUAGUAUAUUUCUACUGCCUAGCAAAGUAGUACAUAGGUGAUUAUAUCAUUAAAUGGAAGUAAUAAAAAGUCUUUGUUUACUUUUCCAUUUGAGCCACACGACUGGGCUUCCCAGGUGGUGCUAGAGGUAAAGAACCCACCUCCCAGUGCAGGAGACAAAAGAGACAAGUUCCACCCCUGGAGGAGGGCAUGGUAACCCACUCCAGUAUUCUUGCCUGGAGAAUCCCAUGGACGGAGGAGCCUGGUGGGCUAUGGUCCACAAGGUCGCAAAAAGUCGGAUAGGGCUGAAGCGACUUAACAUGCACGAAACUACAUACUAUUAGUACAAGACUGAAAGAUAAAGGUGACUUAGGCAGUGCCUAAGUGGCAAGCCCAAAGUGUUCUGUCAGUAAGUGAUUUAGGUAAGAUUCAUAAAAUAUUUUCAUAGAAAGUAAAUAAUGUGUUCAUAGUAAAAGACUAAAAUUGAUAGGAACAAAUUUUUUCUGGCUGAAAUGCUUUAGGUUUACUUCCUAAUUCGUUACCAGUUUGAUUUAAGUAACAGCUUGGGUGAUUUUCUAAUGUAGAUAUGGUACUUAACCUUGCCAGCUUCCAGGAAAGAAGAUAUUCUGAUUGAUUUUUUACAGGCUUAACUCAGUCCAACCAGAAACAGUGUCUAGUCUUUGUUGCACAAUAUAGAUGUAUACAUUGUAUAUAGCAAAAUGUCUUCCAGCAAAAUGUUAUAUUUGUAUGUACAUUUGAAAAUCUCUGAUUAGUAUACAGCUGUCUUUGGUUACUUUUACUUGAAAUCUACAUUUUAGCUGUCAGUUUUAUCUCUUUAUUUUUUUUAAAUCUUGACUUAAUCUUUAUAAGAGCUGCUAAUAAUUUCUAAGCUUUUCCCUGUUUCUUUUCUCUGCCUUCCUUGUUUUGGUAACUGAUGGCUAUAAAAAUUAACCAGGAGUGAGAUACAGUUCCAGAGUCGUAUAGCUAACUGCACAUUUAAAUUGAUAGUGUCUCUAGGUACUAAGUCACUUGUUUUUGUGUAAGUUUUUGAUAUUGCUCCACUUGGGCAAUUUUAAUGACCAAAAUUUAAUGUGGAUAAAACUACUUAACCAAAGCAUUCACAGCGGGGGAAGGAAGAGGGUAGGAGGAACAUUAGUGUGUUUAGAAUGGAAUUCUUCAUUGCGGGUUUGAAAUUGAAAUGAACAUUCUUAGUAAUCUUUAUUCCUAGAAUCCAGUUCUCUCAAGUGUCACCAAACUGAGCUGGUGAAAUAGUCCUAGGAUUUUAGGAAAUCGGAAGAUUAGGUAAUAGAAUGUUUUGCUUCCAUGGUGCCAGGGAUUGGCUGACCAAAGGACAAGCCAGUCAGGGUUCUCAGCAUUCCCUGUAUUUGUGUAGUAGAGGUAGAUCUGAGGGUUACUGUUCAUAUUUUACUUCUAAAUGCUUGCUGAUUUAGGAAGCGUCUCUUACCCUAAAAUUCUUGAUAUUUGGAACUUUAAGUUAACAAAUUUAAAAGUAAAGACUUGGCAUCAUGAACUGUACCUCAAAUUUGAGAAAUUUUUGUGUUAAAUGUAGAGUUGAAAGCAGUCCACACUAGUGCGGGGAACCACUGCAGACCAAGUCUACCAUGCAUUGUAAAUACCAAUUUUAAACAGAAGACAAAAAAAAAAAAAAAAACAGAAGACAAGGAAAAGGCUGAUUGCUGGAGUGUUAAGUGAAAGAAAUCUUUAAAAACAACAAAGGACAGAGAAAGAGAAGUCACUCAGGGAGAUCCUUGAGCCAAGAAAGUUUUUUAAAAUAAGAUUAAAUUGUUUUGAAACUAAGUGGCCCACUAACUACCAUCUGGAAGCCUUUAUCACAAAAUUGCUUCAGCUUCUGCUGGUGGGAGAUUGUCUACUCUCUGCCGUAAUGCAGGGCCAGCAAAUAGGAUUUUCUUACAGCUAACCUUGGUCUUUCCAAAGGGAGCAAGUAAUACCUCAGUAACUUGGAAUUUGUGGUACACACUUGGUUAAUGUUUACCUUUUCACUAUAUAAAAGAGAAAAAAAUACUAGGCAAAUUAGUGCAAAUAAAGUUUGAUCUUACAAAGCAUCUUAGCAGUAGCUGUUUAUAUAAAAAGUUAUUCUAAAUAAGACCCUUUGUAGGCAGAACUUGUUAUCAUAGUGUAUAUAUGUAGUGUAUAAAAAUUAGUAAAGCUGCAUUUAUUUAGAAAUACCUAAUUUUUACCUGAAUGAGAAGAAAUGGUCUUCUCAUCCAAAGUAGAGAUUUUAUUAUGUCAGUAUAAAUAUUUCUCCCCAUUUAGUCCAAAAUAGCUUUGAAGUUGUGUUGAGUAUUUAACAACAGUAAAGACUGCUGUGUAGGUUUUAGGCAACAUGACCUGGAAUGCGUAGUUCUUCUUUCCGUUGUUUAGAAAGGUAUUUGACCUUCACUGUCCCUGUAUUAAGCACUCUGUAACAUUAAUCUGAUGGGUUUAAUAGCAUCCAUCCUUGUGUUUUAUUAUAGUCAUGAUCUUUUUAAAGGUCGCAGUGCCUUCAGUCUUGCUUAGGAGGUGUGUGCCUUAAAUCUCCCCUUCUAGAGCCAAAGUUCGGGGAACUGUGUCAUCAGGUUGUAUGUGACAGUCUUGUGACCACUUGCUUUUGAAUGAAGGGAGAAUGACUGUGAUCCUGAAGGGCUUCUUCCCCUAAAAGCAGGCCUAAUGCCUAUGAGUUGAGGGCUUCUGGAGAUGGAAUCCUAAUCAGGCAUACUAUCACAGAAGGAUUAGGGUCCCUGAAAUAAAAUCAGUGAAAAGGUAUAUUCUCUUUUCAUAUUACUUUAUAAAGAAAAUAACAUCUGCUUCCAGUUCCUAGCCAGUGCAUAUUGAUAGCAUCAUAUAAAGAUAUUAUUAGCAUAUUUUGUGCUUUCUUUGUAAUACCAGGUUAAAGGGGGAGUAUGUUUUAAUAUUUUUGCGUGUAGAUAUCCGUGUUCUUUUUCUGUCUCUUCUUGGUUCAUAUUUGCUAAAAAUUGAUGUAGAAAAUAACAGUUCACUAACAGCAAACAUGACACAUUAUCAAACAUUUCACAGGGUAAUAUUGAUUUGGGUGCUACUAGACUUAACUAGAACUUGUUUAUUAGUCUCAGUUUAUUGUAAGAGAUAGUAUUCAAUCUACUUAAUAUUAAAUUUGUUAGUAUAAUGAAGGUUAUAUACCAUUAUACCAGAAAGCCAUGGUUGGAGAGACUAUCUGCAUUUACCAGAAGUUACUUUCUUCCUUUGGCUGUGAAUAAAUCAGGUAAAACUAUUGUAUUUUCAAUUCCAGUUACAGGAAGAAACUGGGGAUAAGAUUGACAUCACUAUUGCUGAUUCAACAGAAACAUUACUAAAUUGGUUAGUUCUGUCUGCAACUAGUGUUUUAAGAGAAUCCUUUCACUAACUUAAAUGAUUGGCAUUGAUAUGUUAUUGAAAAGGAGUAUUAACCUCAACAAUCACUUUACAACAGUCAUGGAAAGACUUGUGUGUCUGUAAUUGGUAUCUGUUGCAUUUCUGAGCCCACUUUGUACUCCUGAGAAACAAAAAUAUAAUGGGAGAAAUAUUUUAUAUAACCAGUAUUUUAACUUUUUAUAAAGUUUGAAAUUUUAAAGUAUCAACAAAGGAUAUUGAAAAUAAAUGUACUUUUACUUUAGUUAAAUUACAUCUUAUUAUCUGAGUCCUUAAUUUUCUGUAUUUGAUAUCUUGUGAAUUAAUUUAUAGGUAUAUAGAUGUUUAAAACAGUAGUAACAGUGUAACUAAGCAAUGUGACUCAAUAAUUACAUUUUAUUUUCAGAACAAGAUACAGUUUAUUACAUCAGAUUUAUAUAUUACCUGUAAUGGUAAAUGCUCUAAUCAGAAUAUUUAAGCUAAUUAAACUCUAUACCUCCUUUCCCCCCACCCAGGACACACACAAGAAUGUGAUCUAACAUUAACCCUCUGUGUGAAUUUUGCCUUAUCAAACAUUGUGCCUUAUUUUAUUAAAAGUGUUUUGUUGGAAUCUAAUUCUGUAUUCUGGAAAAGUAAAAGUCUUUUAAUUGACAAGCAUUUACUUAAAAAUCUUAUACUGUUGGUUUUUGCCUGAUUACUUGCUGUACCAUUGCUCAUCUAUUCAUUGAAUUUUUUCAAUCCAUGAAUAAUGCAUUAAGCAUAUAUAAGCAUUUAUAUUCUCUGUGCCAGAUGCAAAGGAUGAAAGAUGAACUAGACCAGAUCCUUUCCUCCUCCUUCCACAGCCUUAACAGACUUACAGAUGCAUACUCUAAAAUGAAAUGGGUGAGGUCAUUUUGCUAGUGGAAAGUCAGUUAUUUCUUGCAUUUAGUCCAGAACCAAGCAAUCUUAAUGCAAAGUAGUAUAGUAUUAACUGAGCACAUUGAUAUUACAGUACUUAUUCAGUGCCAUUAUUUUGGUUGACUCUAGAACAACUGACAUUUCUGGAUUCUGGAAUUUGGAAGAAUAUCAUGAUUGGUUGUGAGUUAUGGUAAACAGACUGGGUAGGAAAGACACACACUUUGCAAAACAGCCAUUGUUUAAAAUUUGUUGAAAUGGAAAAGGCUUAGAGCACUUUACCUGGUUGGUAUAUAAGAAGACUUCUUGAUAAAGAUGGGCUUAGAAAUUUGAGGGCACAAGAGAAAAAUUGUCAGUUGUAACUGAUCUUUCCUGAGGGUAAAACUCCCUAAGCUGCCCAGUUGAGGAUAUUCUCCUUAGAGCAAGUGUUAAAAGAAAAAUGUCUUCAAUGGCUCAUCUAAUUCUGUUGUACUGAAGAGAGAGCCUGAACAUUCCAGAGGCUGUGUGAGAUUUGGAUGUGUCCCAUCUGAACAUCAGGUAUCGAAAUCUUAGAGGUCUGAAAUUGACUCGCUUUUUUGAGAGAUGAAAGUUUUAAGCCCAGAGAGACUUGUCCAAGACUUCACAUGACUGAAUCUUAAAUCUAAGCCUCUGGGUUCCCAGGUCAGUGCUGUCUCCACUACAUUAUGCUACCUUCUUUAAUUGAUAUGUACUCUGUUGUGUGACAGGAAAUAAGAUUUUACACUAUCACUUCAGAAUUUUGCAUUUUUACUGGUACGAUACAUACUUGGAUGGCUCAUUAUAUUUACAAAGCACAUUCAAAAGUGCCUUGUUUAAUCUUCAUGACACUGAAGUAGGACUAGGUUUGGUAGUUUGUUGGUGUGGGUUUGUCAUACCCUUUCCCUUAGAGAAGUCAAGAAAUUGACAUAGAUUUGAAAAAGGGAUAUUUAGCUUUAUCAAAUCAGAAUUGAAUUUCUGCUCUCCUUAAUGAAUAUAACAAACUAAACACAGAUUCCCCUGCAUGGGUCCUGUACCCUUCUAUAGCAUUUCAUGAGACUGACUUAGCACCACAGAUCUGAAGGAGGUCAAAUGCUCCCCAAUUAGGAAAAGAUGUGUAAAAAGAUUUCUGGGCAGCUAUUCUCAACCCUGGUUGUGCUUUAAAACCACCAUGAAAGUGAAAGUCACUCAGUCGUGUCCGACUCUUUGCAACCCCAUGGACUAUACAGUACCACCAUGGGAGCUUUCAAAAGAUGCAAAAGUACAGGGCCUCAUCACCAGACCAAUUGAAACCUGAUCUCUAGAGGUGGGGUCUGGGCAUCAAUAGUUAUAGAAGCUCUCCAUGACUCAGUUACACGGCAAGGGUGCUUACUCUCCUGUGAAAGUCCCUUCGUGGUAAUGAGAUCAGUGAACUAGGAUUUUUACAGAUGAAGAAAUGGGUGAGAGUGAAGAAGUGACUUGCCCAGGUUCUCUUAAGAUAAAUUGUGACAGCUGUGGCUAGAAUCCAUUUAUCUAUUGGAAAAAAAUUGUUUUAAUUGAAUGCCUACUUUAGACCAAGCAGUGAUUACUAAUCCAAUGUUCUUUGCUUCUCCCUGUAAGUUACCUGUUUUCUGAACUGAAAGCGUUUUGUGGUUGUAAGAUGAUAUAUUCAAGUGGAUUGACCAGAUUGAAGCCAGCCUCAACUAACAAUAUCUGCUGAAUCGUGGAAUGCAAAAGCAGCAAACCAGAUCAGUGUGACCAAAAACUUUCAUAAAAGGAUGGCUUGGUCAGACGUUUCAAGUUAAAAGUCACAAAGCAGGAGAGCCUUUCCAUGGGUAAGGAAAACCUCGUAGAGUCAUGCACUGCUGCUUUUGACCACAGGUAAACAAAUGGCUGGGGCUUCCCAGGUGGUGCUAGUGGUAAAGAAUCCACCUGUCAAGUCUAGGAGAUAUGAGAGACUCAGGUUCAAUCCCUGCAUCAGGAAGAUCCCCUGGAGAAGGGAAUGGCAAUCCACUGCAGUAUUCUCGCCUGGGAAAUCCCAUGGACAGACGAGCCUGGUGGGCUACAGUCCAUGGGGUCCCAAAGAGUCUGACAUGACUGAAGCAACUUAGCAUGCACACAGAUAAGUGGCUAAGAUCCUUAGCAGCAGGGAUGAAGUUGACAAUACCAAGAAAGUUUUUUUUCUUUUUAAGUAAGAUUUUUAAAAUGUAGAUAUCCGCCUACAUAAAAACACUAUAGAUCCUCCAUAAAUAUAAACUCUCUCGCUAGGAAACAGUAAGAAAUGUUCAACUCAACUACACACUUUUAUAAACACUAUGCAUAAUUUCUACCCUUAGUUUCUUUUAGGUCUAGCUAUGAUAUUACAUGAUUAUUUUAUUACUUAAAUCUGAAAAAUAAUGCAAUCUUAAAAUAUCUAGUUAUUUGGAAGAUUUAAAUGGAAGAGUAAACUUGCUCAUGAUGCCAUGGAAACUCAAAGAAAAAAUAUUCUUAAAAUGUUACUGUGGGUAUUUUCUAUAAAUAAAGACUGGAUUUAAUGUUG